AUGGCCGAGGAGAGGGCCGCCACGGGGCCUGAGCAGGUACUUGAGUACGAGCUUAUGAAAGAGUCCGCGAUCACCAUGCGAGAAAAUUCCGACUCGGAGACUUCACCACCAGAGACCGCGUACGCACUGAUCACAGUAGUCGCCUUGCCUAGUGUCAUUGGCACGGACGACCUCUGGAUCGCGAGAAUGAAUACAAUCGACGAGGACGAUGCCAAGGAGAGGCCCAGCAGCUUGGAUCAGCCACCAACGUCUCUGACGGCCCAUGCACUUCUCAUCUUCUUGCUCUUCACUAUGAUUGCUGAUCCCACCGGCAGAGCGACCGAGGGAGCAUUGAUAACGUUUCACAUUCUCGCCAUCUUGGUCCUAUGCGCACAGGCGGUCCAUUUCGUACUGCGUCGCAAGAAUCGUGGGCCCGAGCCCCGGGUCACAUUCAUGUUCGCUCUAGUCGUAGGGUUUAUCUCAACACCCGUCAUGACGGUUGGAAUCGCCUACAGAGAGAUGAAGAACAUGCCGGACAUACACAGGAUCACACCGUUCACGCAUGAUCUUGAAAGCGGAGGAAGAGAAACGCGUGUGCGCCGGACGGCCCCGAGGAGCCAAGGCAUACGGCCGCUGGUGCUCCCCAGUGAAAAGCCUCAACAGCCGCAGCCUGUUUACUAUGGGUAA